CAUUUCCAAAUUUCCUUUCAUUGAUCACAUAACCCAUGACAAAUCUACUACCUUUACCUCCUCCACCACCGUCGCAACCGCCUGAAACGCCGCCAUGGGACACACCGUCUUCUGUAUGGUAUACUCCGAGAACCACGCCAUGGAGAACACCACAUAGCACACAGUCCACACCACUUAACCAAACGGUUUUAGCAAACCCACCGGGGGUUAAACUCAACGGCCUUGAUGAAGAGCCGAGGGAAGAUAGGAUGAUUCUCAGGCAGCCACGGAGCAGCAGGACCAAUCCGUUGAUAUGGUGUGUAGCUGGUCUAUGUUUGGUGUUCAGCCUUGUGCUUAUUUUCUUCGGGAUAGCUACUUUGAUUGUGUUUCUCGCGGUUAAACCAAGAACCCCUCAAUUUGACAUCCCAAACGCGAGUCUACACACAAUCUACUUCGACUCAGCGGUGCAUUUCAACGGCGAUUUAUCCAUGAUUAUGAACUUCACCAACCCUAAUAAGAAGAUAGAAGUGAGGUUUGAGUAUCUUAAGAUAGAGCUCCUCUUCUUCAAUAAAUUGAUUGCUAUGCAAGGGGUCCAACCAUUUUCGCAGAGAAAACGGGACACAAGGUUGGAACCAAUCCGUUUGAUCUCAAGCUUGGUCUACUUGCCUGUAAACCAUUCGAUGGAGCUCAGUAGAGAGGUGCAGAACAACAAAAUAGAAUAUCAGAUUAGAGGUACCUUCAAAGUCAGAGCUCAUUUUGGGUUGAUUCAUUACUCUUACUGGCUGCACGGAAGGUGCCAACUUCAGAUGACCAGUCCACCAAUCGGAAUCCUAAUUUCUCAUAACUGCACAACAAAGAGACGAUGAAGAAGAAAAAACGGUUGUCCCAGUCUUCAAAGUCUCUAGCUUUGGUAUGUUCUUCAAGUAUAGAUCUGUAUUUUCUUACCCACAAAAUGUAUAAAAGAAACAAGACCUAGUGGAAACUGAAUCCAAGAACAGAGAUCGGAGUCUGUAAUUCAAUUUUCAAGAUAAAAAAAACGAAAAGAUAUUAUGUU